GAACGAGGAACUCUCUGUAAUAAGAGCUGUCAACACUUGUCAUUGUGUGCUUGUCAUCAGGAUUAGCGUCUACGCCGCAUCUUAACGAUCCCGCAUACAAGACUAUUUGUUCACAGAAGGAUUGUCCAGAUGAGUUCCCCGCAUUUGGCAGAUGGCUCCGAAAAGCCAGCGGAAGUGGAGGGUCAGGGACGUUUGUACAGCAUGGCAUAUUGCCCUUUCGCUCAUCGAAUACGCCUCGUGCUCAGUCUGAAGCAGGUCCCGCACGAUAUCGUUAAUAUCAACUUGCAGAACAAGCCGCAGUGGUUUCUUCAAAUUCACCCGGAUGGCAAGGUACCAGCUUAUAUAGAUUCAGACGGUACACUAGUAACGGACUCUAUUGCGUUAACGAACUACCUGGAGGAGAAAUACCCCGAGCCAUCUUUGUACAACGAUGAGACAAAAAGCCGUGAUUUAGAGUUGUUAAAUCACUUCUCUAAGAUUAUGGACACUUUUGCGAAUUGUAUAUUUGGCAAGGACAAGAGACAGUUUGAAGAGAUUCUCACUGAGGUAACGAACGACCUACAAGAAUUUGAAGACGAGCUUAAUAUACGCAAGACAACCUUUUUCGGAGGCAGUAAUCCAGGUAUGCUAGACAUUCUAAUAUGGCCUUGGUUUGAACGUGCAAAGGCUCUGACUCUACUUUACAAGCAACGUGCAAGUCUUGAUAAGGAGAGGUUUCCUCGUAUUAUGGAAUGGGUAGAUGGUAUGAAGGACCAGCCGUUUAUUCUAAAACACAGAUGCCCGUAUGAAAAGUUCGCAAAAUUCAUAGAAGCAGUAAGAACGGGAAACGUUGAUUAUGACAAUCUUUAAACAUAUUUAUAGUAGUAUAACAAAAUGCUACAAAGAUAAAUAACACAACAUGGCUUGACGUAAAUUAACGUAUUAACACGAUAUUAUUAAUGUCGAUGUUAUUAACAUCAAUAGUUUUUGUGAUCUCAUUAGACUCAACGUGUGUUAAUUUUGCUGUUAUAAAGUGUGAUAAAUUUUUUAUGUGCAAUUUUUUUUAUAUGUGUUAAAUAUUUUUAUGUGUUAAAAGGACCCCGCACAUUUUUAAUGAAAAAUAGCUUUCGAUUAAUUUUGCUGAAAUUGAAAUAUGUUACUGUCUUUAUCUUUCUAAUAAAAAGUGUCUCAUGGAUACAACUUUUUAAAAUUAAUAAUUUAGUCACCACAGAGUUUCAAAAGUCUUAAAAUAUUAAGAAUUAUUGAUUUUAAG